GUUCCUGACAGAGGAUUUACUUUCAGAGGCCCUGCUAAGGAUAACCAAAAAAGGGCAUGUAGCAAGACAGUUUUGGCAGCUUGCAAGAAUUUUCGGAGCUUUUUAGGUCUUGGUUUUCUGAUGAGUGGCUUCCUGAGCAUGCCUAGGGAAUGACAGGCAUCUCUGCAGGCAGGCUGAACCCACCUUGGCUUGUGCGUAGUCAUUGGCUGCCUAUUAGAAUAAAUUGAGGACAAUGCAUACCGCUGCCUGCCAAUUGUAAACAUAAGGGAUAUGUAUUCACUUAGCAUUGACUUUUGGGAGGGGCCAAGGAAAGGCUGCAGUUUUAUUGAAUAGGGCUGUGUGUGAGGCUGCUGGUGUGCCUUUCUUGCUGCGCUCCUGCUCAAGCAGCCAGUUAUUCAUUUCCUUCCUACUAGCUGAAAACUUUGCACCUCAGAGUGCCUGUGGUAAUCCUUUGGUUACUCGAAGAAUCCCUUGUGAGCUGAAGAGGCAGCAUCUUCCAGGCUCAGGGACAUCGUAACUGUGAUCACCUCUUGUUUCUGCAGUCAUCAUUUUGAAUUCAUCAGCAUCUGGUUUGUUACUGAAAGGUUCAGAAUAUUUCCUCUGAUUGCCUUCCUGUUUGGAUCCUUCCAGAGCUCUGAACACUUGAACACCCACCAUGGAUGACUUUGAACGCCGCAGAGAACUCAGGAGGCAAAAGCGUGAGGAAAUGCGCCUUGAAGCAGAGAGGCUGUCCUACCAGAGAAAUGAUGAUGAUGAUGAAGAAGCCGCCAGAGAACGUCGCCGACGGGCUCGACAGGAGAGGCUGCGGCAAAAGGAAGAAGAAGAUCUAUCAGGGGAUGUAACAGAGAAAUCAGAAGUUAAUGCUCAGAACAGUGUGGCAGAAGAUGAAACCAAACGUACAACCACAAGGGGAACAGAUGAUGAAGCUGCAUUGUUGGAGAGACUGGCAAGACGUGAGGAGAGACGCCAAAAACGUCUACAGGAAGCCCUGGAACGUCAAAAGGAAUUUGACCCAACGAUCACAGAUGGGAGUUUGUCAGUGCCCAGCAGGAGAGAAGUAAACAAUGUGGAAGAAAAUGAGACCACAGGGAAAGAGGAAAAGGUUGAAACACGCCGAGGACGCUAUGAGACUGAGGAAACGGAAACGGUUACCAAGUCAUACCAAAGGAACAACUGGAGGCAAGAUGGAGAAGAAGAUGAAAAAAAAGAAGAAAAAGACAAGGAGGAGGCACAGGAGGACAAACCAAAGGAGGUACCCAUAGAGGAAAAUCAGGUAGAUGUGGCAAAAUCCACAGAUAAAGAAGAGGUAGUAGAAACAAAAACUCUAGCUGUAAAUGCAGAGGAACACCAAGCAGAGAAUGACACAAAUGCCGUGCAGGAAGGGGAGCAGAGUAUAACUGAUGCUGUAGAUAAAGAGAAGGAAAAGGCUGAAGAAGAAAGGGAAAAACUUGAGGCAGAAGAAAGGGAGAGGUUAAAAGCAGAAGAAGAAAAGAAGGCAGCUGAAGAAAAACAGAAAGCAGAGGAGGAAAAGAGAGCAGCUGAGGAAAGAGAGAGGGCUAAGGCAGAAGAGGAGAAGAAAGCAGCUGAGGAAAGAGAGAGGGCUAAGGCAGAAGAGGAAAGGAAAGCAGCUGAGGAAAGAGAGAGGGCUAAGGCAGAAGAGGAAAGGAAAGCAGCUGAGGAAAGAGAGAGGGCUAAGGCAGAAGAGGAGAGGAAAGCAGCUGAGGAAAGAGAGAGGGCUAAGGCAGAAGCGGAGAGGAAAGCAGCUGAGGAAAGAGAGAGGGCUAAGGCAGAAGAGGAAAAGAGGGCAGCUGAAGAAAAGGCUAAGCUAGAAGCAGAAAAAUUAAAGGAAAAGCAAAAGAUGGAAGAAAAGAAAACAGAAGAUAAGCAGGUAAAAGAGAAGAAAGUACAAGAGGAAAAACCUCAAGCAGCUUUCCUAAAAAAACAGGAGGAAGACAAAGAGGCUAAAGUGGAAGCUAAAAAGGAAAAGUUACCAGAGAAGCUUCAACCUACCUCCAAAAAAGAUCAGGUAAAAGACAAGGAUAAAGAAAAAGCACCCAAGGAGGAAAUGAAAAGUGUCUGGGAUCGUAAAAAAGGAGUUCCUGAACAAAAGGCACAGAAUGGAGAACGUGAACUCACUUCCCCCAAACUUAAAUCUACUGAGAAUGCUUUUGGCCGCUCCAACUUGAAGGGAAUUGCGAAUGCAGAGGAAGCGAAGGCAGGGUCCCAGGUAGACGCUGGAAAGCGGCUAGAUGAUCUGCGCCGUCGCCAGGGUGAGAAUGAGAAAGAGGACUUCGAGAAGCUGAAGGAGAAACAGCAGGAGGCAGCCGUGGAGCUGGAGGAACUGAAGAAAAGGCGGGAGGAGCGCCGGAAAAUCCUAGAGGAAGAGGAGCAGAAGAAGAAGCAGGAAGAGGCUGAGAGAAAAGCCAGAGAGGAGGAGGAAAAGAGGAGGAUGAAGGAAGAAAUUGAAAGGAGAAGGGCUGAAGCUGCUGAGAAACGUCAAAAGGUGCCGGAAGAUGGUGUAUCUGAAGAAAAGAAACCAUUUAAAUGCUUCAGUCCUAAAGGUUCAUCUCUCAAGAUAGAGGAACGGGCAGAAUUUUUGAACAAAUCCGCUCAGAAGAGUGGUAUGAAACCCACCCACACGACAGCAGUUGUCUCAAAGAUUGACAGUAGACUUGAGCAAUACACUAGUGCAGUUGUGGGCACAAAGGCUGCAAAACCAGCUAAGCCAGCAGCCUCUGACCUUCCUGUUCCAGCUGAGGGUGUCCGUAAUAUCAAGAGCAUGUGGGAGAAAGGGAAUGUUUUUUCAUCACCUUCUGGGGGGACAGGAGCAUCGAAUAAGGAAACUGCUGGACUGAAAGUUGGUGUCUCCAGUCGUAUCAACGAAUGGUUAACCAAGACCCCAGAGAGUAACAAAUCACCUGCUCCAAAACCUUCUGAUUUAAGACCAGGAGAUGUGUCUGGCAAACGUAAUCUCUGGGAGAAGCAGUCAGUUGACAAGCCAGCUGCAUCUUCUUCUAAGGUAACAGCAGCGGGGAAAAAAUCAGAGACUAAUGCAGGUUUGAGACAACUUGAGAAAGAACCGUAGAAGGCUACUAAAGACGCUGGACCAAUCAGUUGGGGAAAAAAAAAGAAAAGAAAAGAAAAGAAAAGAAAAAGUGCUAAAUUGUUCUUUUUAUAUUUAUGUUUAUUUACCAAAAUGUCUUUUUGCAUUAUCCCAGUUAAAACCAUGUAUAUUAGCACUGUAUUUAAUAAUCAGUCUAGACAUUCAUCAUAAUAGUACUGCCUUUGCACAAGAGCCUUUAUUCCUAAAGAAACCCAUGCUGUGAAAUAUAUAGACUCCUACUGAUAGUCAUAACUAACUAUAUAUCUGAACAGUGAUUUCAACUGGCAUAAGAGGUCAACCCAAAAUGCAUUUAAAAUGGAGUUGCUUAAGAAAGGUGUGCAGUAAACCUAUAAAAACAAUAGUUACUUUUGGAAUACAGAAGUCUUUCUUUCUGCACUUUAGACUAAGGCAUGGAAGAAAUAUCUUUAGUUGACAAUGUAAUAUUUUCUGUAAGUUGCCCAUGUCAUGAGAAAUACUGCAUCAAUAACUUGUUUUAAUUUUUUUUUUUUGUUUUAUACUUUUUUUUUUAAGUUUCAAUUUUUCCAUUCUAGUUUAAGUUAAUACCUAAAUUUGGAUGAUUAUGUUAGCUGACAGCGGUACUGAUAUUUCUUUUUGUUGUUAGUGACUAGUAAUUGAUUGCAAUUUAGAAUAUAUACACACAUAGCUUUACAAAGUUUAGCCUAAAGGCACUACUAACGGUAGAAUGCUUUAAUACGUGCUAGAGUAUUAUAUUUAGUAAUAAACAUACAUAAUUAACCAAUAUCACAGCUUAAAAAAGAUAAAGACAAAAUCACACACUUUUCUAUAGUAAGAUUUCUUAAUUGCCAUUAGAGGUAUGGCGAGAUAAGUAUUAAAAAAUUUAAAUGUCAAUUGCCCAGUAAUGGGUAAUUAAAAAGAAAGUUAUAGUUUUUAAAAGAGGAAAAGGUAAUGGUAUAGAGGGUCAAAAAUAGGUCACUUGUAUAAAACGUUGUAGUUUAAUUUAUAUAAAACUACCAUAAUUAAAAAAUAAAAUAAAACUAAACACAGUUGGAGCUUGUUUCAAAUGACUGUACACUAAAUCUUGCCAUUCAUCAGUGCUGUACACUAGGUCCACCCAAAAUGAAGUAAACCUCUAUCUUUGUACUGCUUCUUCUUAACUCUCUCUCCCGAAUAUCUUAUUUACAGAUGUUUUGAUUUGUAUAUAGUAAACACAUGGCUAUAAGACAUCAGCUUGAUUUGAAUUUACAUGCCAUAGAGUUUAGCAUUUACAUCCUACAGUGUAUGGGUGGCAUAAACUGAGCAACUGAAGUAGCCCCCAAGCGCGUUGUUAACAGCUUCGUCGUGCAUCAAAACUACCAGGCUCUCCCUUUCCACCGCUUCCAUCUCUUACAGCAUCUGACUUCUUCCUAGAGAGAAGAAAGUUAUAUUUUAACCCAAAGAUGAGCUCCCCUGCUUGGCCAAAACAUCUUGUUUACAUAUAGAGAUGCACAUAGUUGUCUGUAAGGGGUGAAACUGUGCCUGAUAUUGUCUAUGCAUUGUCAUGUUUUUUGUUUGGGGUUUUGUAAACACUCUUCUGAGUCUUUCAAAUACAUUUGAUAGCUGCAAUAAAAAUGAUUCAUUCAAACAAUGUAUUCUGAAACUGCAUCCACAAUAAAUGGAAUAUUUCCAUCAGCA